ACCCCAGAACAUCCUACCCGCAACAUAAGAGAGUACCCCAGAACAUCCUACCCGCAACAUAAGAGAGUACCCCUGUAUGGGGGUGUUCCCACAUCCUGUAUGGGGGUGUCCACUGAUGUUUCCUAUGCUUCUAGCCUGCGGCUACAGUAUCGAAUUGCCGAUGCUUCUCGCCUGCGGCUCUAG